GGUCGGUGGCCUUUGCUUGAUCGGGAGUCUCCGGUUGUGCGCGCUUGCGCAAGUUAGCCACGUAGCGCGAGAUGAGAUUCCAGCGAUGGGACCGGGCGCUGAAGGUGUGCAUGGACAAGACGGGGGCCAAGAACCGGUGGGACAGCGAUCCCAUGAUCCUGAACCAGGAGGCUCAUGAGCUUCCGCCGGACAAGCAGCGCUUGGCCCUGGACUUUGCGGAAGAAGCGCCGGCGGAUCUCAAGGCGAAGCUGGCGCCCAUGUGGAAGUUCUGCUUCGUGCAGUGGCACAUCUAUGAUGCUGGGCUGGAGGCUGAGGAGAAGGGCACUCCGUUGGCCGCGACGUUUCAAGAUCCGGACUUGCUGGCAGAUGUUGAGUCGCUGAGGGUGCUCAGUGACAGUGGUGACCUUGAUCAGGCAGCCACCACAGAGGAAUGGACCUGGAAGAUGCUCCACCCCCUGCCAGAAGCUGGCUCGAUGCAGUGGAACGAUGAGGUUGCAGCGGACGUUAUUCACACGGGCAAGGAGGAGAGGCACGAGGGAGUCAUCGCCUUCAAUGAAGAGCAUUUUGACAAGGCGUUUUGGCACUUCUACCAGGGCCAGAAGCUCCUGGCCGGCGCCCCGGGCGGCGGCCCGGUGGCGAAGCUGCGCUCGGAGCUGCUGAAGAACAAGUCCGCGGCGGCGCUGCGGCUGGGCCUCGCCCGGGUGGCGCUGGGCGCCGCCAACGCGGCCCUGGGCAUCAACCAGAAGGAUGACAAGGCGUGGUACCGGAAGUCCUGUGCACUGGAGGCCCUGAAGCGGGACGCCGAGGCGCGCCAGGCGCUGGCGAAAGCGGGGCUGUCCCCUCCGCCGGUGGUUGCGGCGCGGAAGCCGCGGGCCAAAAGCCGAUCCAAGGUCAAAGACUUGAAAGAGCUCGACCCGCUGCUCCUCCCAGUCUUCGAGGAGCUUGUGUUCGUGGAAGUCGGCUUCGAUUCAAUCCUGGCUGUGGAUCUGGUGAGGCACCUGCAGGCUGAACUUCCCGGGACCCUGUCCUUGUCUCUGAUUUAUGACUGUCCGACAGUUGGAGAUGCCAUUUCCGAGCUGCUCCUCAAGAUCAAUGCCAGGAAAGGAGACUACCUCCGGCGCAAACUGGCAAGUAGCUUGUGGAGAGCCAUGACUGAAAUACUUGGGAAGGAUCCACUGAAGCAAAGGAGCAAGGCGCAGCAAAGGCAUUUACUCACAGAGAUCCAAGCUCUUGACAUCCUCUCAGAUCUGCAGGAAGCCUAUGAGGAUCCGCAGUUCUUGAAGGUAUCGAGAGAAGUGGCGCGCCAGGCCGGCUUCGACCAGCGUUCCUUCCUGGUGAAGCUCAGGCCGCGGGCGUUGGAGCGGCAGAAGCCGCUCCUGCGGCGGCUGGGCUACCCCGCGGACUUCGCCGGGAUGCGGGACCUGGAGGCCGCGGUGAUCCACGCCGCCAAGUCCACGAAGGUCCGGGAGAAGCUGAAGGCCGUGCGCGUGGCCCUGCAGGGCGGCGAGAACGGCAUGUGGACCAUCAACGUGGAGCAGAACCCCGUGUGGUCGGACAGCAGCUCCAUGCAGCUUCGGGCGGUUUUCACCAAGUCAGACCCUUUCGGAGCAGCACAUAUCAACACCAAUGCGGUGUCUGUGCACUGAUCGCAGAAGGCUUGAUGGAAUUUC